AUGGAAAUGACACCCACGGAAGCUACCAAAUCCUCGGAACUUCUACAGCCAGUUUUCUUUCCGUCUCCGUCGGUCAGACGUCCAGCAUCGCAUUUAACAGAGGAAGAACAAGUCAAAAUCGCGAAGCGAAUAGGCCUAAUCCAGCAUUUGCCCAUCGGUACAUACGAUGGGUCUACAAAAACACGAGAAUGUGUAAUAUGCAUGGUUGAUUUUUGUGUUGAGGAGUCGGUGCGAUAUUUGCCAUGCAUGCAUAUAUAUCAUGUGCACUGCAUUGAUGAUUGGCUCAUGCGCAGUCUAACAUGUCCCAGUUGUAUGGAACCGGUAGAUGCAGCUCUCUUAACAAGCUAUGAGACAACAUAACGUCUACAUCGUCAAUAUAUUUGAUAAAGAUUUCACAAGUAGAAAUAUUCCCUCUUAUUUUAUGUACUAUAAUAUUAGUAAAUAGUAUUGAAUUUAUAGAAAUACUAUAGUGCAUACAAACUACUGAUUGAAUGUUAAAUAUUGCAAGGCAAGUGUACGUAUUACGACAUGAACUAGUUAAAAUAUAAUUAUUUAGAAAUUUUACACCGAUUGAAAAGGAAGGCGUAAUUAAUUACUUUGCAUAUUUUUUUUUAUUUUUUACAAAAUAUCUGUUUAAAAAUCCCUGAUAAUUUGAUUGGUGUAUGGAUCAGGAUCAGUUUGUUUAAGAUAAAGCCACUAGUAAAAUUUUCAAAUCAUAAGCGGCAGGCUUCCAUAUUUUGUAGUUAUGUAGAAGAAUUGUGAUGAAUCUAAAAGUAAGAAAAUAUUGUGUACGGUGAGCAAAGAGUUGAACGUGUAGCGAAAAAAUGUUAUUACACGUGUUGACAAUCUCUACUAGGAUAUUUCUCCUGACUUCAAUUGUAUAAAAUAAAAAAAUAAAUAUGAGAUGAAAACAGAAUAAAAAUUCAGAAAAUAUUUGUGCAUGUAUUGUA